UCUGAAUCUCUCUGUUCACACCUCAACAAAUGAAUUAUGCACAAAUUCUGGAACCCAGUGGAAUUCCCUUUAAAUGGAGAGUCGUGCAGCAUACGGUUGAAUUCCAAAUGACUUUUUAUUUGACCUAAAAUGCACUAAUGGAGUGUUAUUUUAUAACCUGGGGGCAGCCGUUUCUGAUUCAGCCCAUAGCAUAGCGCGCCGGGCUACAGCCCCUUUUGACAACCAGAGGUUUUUCCACACAGCCAAGAAUGAAUGUGUUGGUUUUGUGACAUCACAAACAUCAUGAAAUCAGAACAGCCUGUUUUGAAAGUAACAAUAUUUACAUAUAUUGACUUGUGUGUUAUUGUUCUGAGCACACCGUUGAAGAUACUACUCCGUCUAUACACACAUCAAACUCCUUCAUUCAAAAAAAGUAGUGUGUGUGCAGUAGGAUGGAGAGUUUGGGGCUGCAGGCUGUAGCUCUGAGUGAUGGCUCCACCGCCUACAUCCAGCAGGCGAUUAACGACAGUAAUCUGGUUGAAGGAGACACCAUCCAGCUGGAGGACGGAACCACAGCAUACAUCCAGCAGGUCACAGUGCAGCAGAAAGACACUCUGCCGUUUGAAGAUGGUCAGGCGGUCCAGCUUGAGGACGGCACCACAGCCUACAUCCACCGCACACCUAAAGAUGGUUUUGACCCCGGUGCGGUGGAGGCGGUGCAGCUGGAGGAUGGCAGCACAGCGUACAUCCACCACCCAUCAGCCCUGCAGCCAGGGAGCGCCAUACUCACCGUACAGGCCGGGGGCGUGCUGGAGGAGCUCACUGCGGACCCCGACACCAUCAGCACGCUGGAGAACUACUCUGCACGGCUGACGAGUUCUAAGGUGGAGAUGGAUGAGAACAGUGCCGGGGCUAAUGGAGUGAAGGCGUGGAAUUCCUGUAAAACUCCUCAGGGGGAGAAAAGCUUCCAGUGCAGCUACGAGGGCUGCGGCCGACUCUACACCACGGCACACCAUCUGAAGGUGCAUGAGCGAUCUCACACAGGUGACCGUCCGUACCGCUGUGAGAUCCCCUCCUGCACUAAAGCCUUCUCCACCGGCUACGGCCUGAAGAGCCACCUGCGCACGCACACCGGAGAGAAACCCUACAAGUGUCCUGAGGACAUGUGUUACAAAGCCUUCAAAACCUCCGGAGACCUGCAGAAGCACGUCCGCACGCACACAGGUGAGAAGCCGUUUAAGUGUCCGUUCGAAGGCUGUGGACGCUCCUUCACCACCUCCAACAUCAGGAAGGUCCACAUGCGCACGCACACGGGCGAGAGACCGUACCUGUGUCCAGAGCCGGCGUGUGGACGAGGCUUCGCCAGUGCCACCAACUACAAAAACCACAUGAGGAUACACACGGGUGAGAAGCCGUAUCUGUGUACGGUUCCCGGAUGUGGGAAGCGUUUUACGGAAUACUCCAGUCUGUAUAAACACCACGUCGUUCACACGCACUGCAAACCGUACAGCUGCAACCACUGCGGGAAAACCUACCGACAGACCUCCACGCUCGCCAUGCACAAACGCACCGUACACGGAGACUACGCCGAGGAGACGGAGGCUAUAGAGUCUACUCAGCAGCAGCAGGGUGUGUAUGCAGAGGGGUCGGAGCAGAAGGAGGAGUCUCAGGCUGUCAUGGAGACCGACGAUGUCAUUGGCUCUCAGGUCAAUCUGACCGCUGAAGAUCUACAGGCUCUGACCGCUGGCAUUACCAUGGUAGCGCAGGACGGCACCACCAUCACCGUGCCCGCCCACCAGGGCAUCCUGAGCGGCAGGCAGCAACACGUCGCCAUGGUUACUCGAGACGGCAAGGAGCUGCAGCAGGUUGCUAUAGUAACAUCAGACGCCAUCAUGUCAGCCGGGUCAGGGAUGAGCUCUCCUCAGUGUCAGCAGGUGGCGCUGUUGGCCACGGCAAACGGCACACAGAUAGCAGUGCAGCUGGAGGAGCAGCAGACGUUAGAAGAAGCGAUCAGCAUGGCCACUGCGACCAUACAGCAGGGACUGACCCAGGAUCAGGCAGAACCCUGACCGCAUCAUCCACAGAAGUGACCCAGGAUCAGCCAGAACCCUGACCACAGCAUCCACACAACUGACCCAGGAUCAUCCAGAACCCUGACCACAGCAUCCACACAGCUGACCCAGGAUCAUCCAGAACCCUGACCACAGCAUCCACACAGCUGACCCAGGAUCAUCCAGAACCCUGACCACAGCAUCCACACGACUGACCCAGGAUCAACCAGAACCCUGACCACAGCAUCCACGCGACUGACCCAGGAUCAACCAGAACCCUGACCCAGGAUCAGCCAGAACCCUGACCACAGCAUCCACACGACUGACCCAGGAUCAACCAGAACCCUGACCACAGCAUCCACGCGACUGACCCAGGAUCAACCAGAACCCUGACCACAGCAUCCACACGACUGACCCAGGAUCAACCAGAACCCUGACCACAGCAUCCACGCGACUGACCCAGGAUCAACCAGAACCCUGACCACAGCAUCCACACAACUGACCCAGGAUCAACCAGAACCCUGACCCAGGAUCAGCCAGAACCCUGACCACAGCACCCACACAACUGACCCAGGAUCAGCCAGAACCCUGACCACAGCAUCCACACAACUGACCCAGGAUCAACCAAAACCCUGACCACAGCAUCCACACAACUGACCCAGGAUCAACCAGAACCCUGACCCAGGAUCAGCCAGAACCCUGACCACAGCAUCCACGCGACUGACCCAGGAUCAGCCAGAACCCUGACCACAGCAUCCACACAACUGACCCAGGAUCAGCCAGAACCCUGACCACAGCAUCCACACAACUGACCCAGGAUCAGCCAGAACCCUGACCACAGCAUCCACACAACUGACCCAGGAUCAGCCAGAACCCUGACCACAGCAUCCACGCGACUGACCCAGGAUCAGCCAGAACCCUGACCACAGCAUCCACACAACUGACCCAGGAUCAGCCAGAACCCUGACCACAGCAUCCACACAACUGACCCAGGAUCAGCCAGAACCCUGACCACAGCAUCCACACAACUAACCCAGGAUAAGCCAGAACCCUGACCACAGCAUCCACACAACUAACCCAGGAUAAGCCAAAACCCUCACCGCAGCGUCCACAGAACUGCCCAGUCAGAUCUGAUAUCUGGUCUCAGGUCAGUGUUUUAGGGCAGUGGUUCUCCCAGGAGGUCUUUCAUAAGGCAGAACUUCUCCAGUUGGUAAGAUAAGCCCAAAAUAACGACUGACCGAUAUGAGAAGAGGGUCAUUCUGAUUGGAUGGUCCUUACUUUGGGCUUCAGUGAUCCAGCUAACUGAGAAAUCCUGCUUUGUGAAACACCAUCACUGCUUCUGUGUGUGUGUGUGAGUGUGUGUGUGUGUGUGUGUGUGUGUGUGUGUUUCGGAGCUGAAGUGUUUUUUCAAAAUCAAUUAAGUUAAUAUACAGACGAGUUUUCAGGUAUGUUGUUAAUAAUGUGUACAGUUGUAAAUAAAAAUAACAGAUGAAUAAAUGAGCUUUACACUCUGA